AUCCUACUAAGUGGCUUCCCAGUCCCGCGUAUGUUCCUCUCUCUCUCCCUCUCCCUCUCCCUCUCCCUCUCCCUCUCCCUCUCCAUCUCCUUCUCCGUUCUGCACACCACACCAAACACCGCACGCCCUCUAGCCCGCUCCUCCCUCCCUUCCUCCCUCCCCUUCUGGACGUGGGGAUCCGCGACUGAGGAAAACAUCUUCUCGAACGUAGAACCAGAUCAGGUCAGACCGGAUCAGACAGCUCUAGAAGAGAGGCGAAAGAGACGCGGAGAAUGAAAAACAGAACAAUGAAAAAGGGGUAGACGUAGAGCGAGAUGAAGAAGCUGACAUGGGCAAAGGCUGCGUGUAUAAGGUGUGUACGGGGUGUAUGAUUUGGGUGGGAGUGAGGUGAGGAGAGAGCGAGGUGCUGUGUCUUGGAGAGCUGGUUUUUGGACAGGUUAUUUGUGCCAUAGUUAGAGAGCUGGGAGUUUUGUUUGAGAGUGCGUGCGUGCAGUGUGUAGGGAGGGGAAGGGUGUGUGGAAG